AUGAGCUUAUUAAGAAGAUUCAAAGCAACAGAUUUGUUCGAGUUUAACAACAUUAAUCUUGAUCCCCUCACAGAAACAUAUAACAUAUCAUUUUAUCUUCAAUAUCUUGCUCGUUGGCCUGAUUUGUUCAGUGUCCAAGUUUCGCCUCACGACCGCCUUAUGGGCUAUGUCAUGGGCAAAACAGAAGGUACGGGUAAAAACUGGCACGGCCAUGUGACAGCCAUCACUGUGGCCCCAGAAUAUCGUCGUUUAGGAUUAGCAGAAGGAAUGAUGAAAUUAUUAGAAGAAGUAUCCGAAAAAGUGUAUGAUGGCUGGUUUGUGGAUUUGUAUGUAAGAAUGUCGAAUUCAGUGGCCAUUGAUAUGUAUCGAAAGUUUGGAUACUCAGUUUACCGGAGAGUGAGGAAUUAUUAUGCAGGACGAACAAGUGAGGACGCUUAUGAUAUGAGAAAAGCGUUGGCAAGAGAUGUGAAUAAGGAAACCAUUAGAGAAAAUGGCGAAAAGGUAAUGGUGAACCCAGAAGAUUUGGAUUCAUGGCGUUAA